GGCUGAGGAGUUUAAAGAAAACAGUAUAUAGCAAGCAAUAAGAAUAUGAAUGGUCACUGAUUCAUAUUCAGUAAGUAGUGCUCUGAGUCCAGCCAAGCCAACAAUGGCUUCGCUUUGUCUCAACUCGUUGCCUCUGCCUCCACCUUCUCAGCCUCGCAAGCUCUUAGAGACUCCUCCUUCUUUUUCUUCUUCAUCUCCUUCUUCACUGAACAGUUAUGGCAAAACAGAGGCAUCCAAGCCCAUAGUCGUCAGUGGAAACCCACCCACUUUUGUUUCUGCUCCCGGUCGCCGAAUUGUCGCCGUUGGGGAUCUGCAUGGAGACCUUGAUCAAACAAGAUGUGCACUUGAGAUGGCUGGUGUGUUGAGUUCUGAUGGUGAAGACUUGUGGACAGGCGGGGAAACGGUAUUAGUUCAGCUUGGAGAUAUACUUGAUCGAGGUGAGGAUGAAAUUGCCAUUUUGUCAUUGCUGCGAUCCUUGGAUAUCCAGGCAAAAGCUGAAGGUGGAGCAGUUUUUCAGGUCAAUGGAAAUCACGAAAGCAUGAAUGUGGAGGGGGAUUUUCGAUUUGUGGACGCUGGAGGAUUUGAUGAGUGUAUUGAUUUCUUGGAAUACUUGGAUGACUGUAGAGAUGACUGGGAAGAAGCUUUUGUUGACUGGAUUGGUGUCUCUCAAAAGUUGAAAGAAGAUAGGAAAAUGCCCCAAAGUUAUUGGGAUCCAUGGAAUCUAGUGAGGAGGCAAAAGGGUGUGAUUGCCAGAUCAAUCCUUCUAAGACCAGGCGGUCCAUUGGCGUGUGAGUUAGCGCGACAUGCUGUUGUUCUUAAGGUCAAUGAUUGGCUCUUCUGUCAUGGUGGUCUUGUUCCUCACCACGUUGCAUAUGGCAUAGAGAGAAUGAAUAAGGAAGUAUCUCAUUGGAUGAGAGGCCUCAGUGAGAGUGAGGACGAUCCUAACAUCCCUUUCAUAGCCACAAGGGGAUAUGACAGUGUAGUUUGGAAUCGUUUGUACUCGAGAGAUAACUCAGAUUUCGAUGACUACCAGAGUAACCAGAUACACUCUAUUCUUGAAAAGACACUACAAGCAGCUGGUGCUAAGGCAAUGGUUGUAGGGCAUACUCCUCAAACUGUAGGAGUAAACUGUAAAUACAAUUGUAGCAUAUGGCGGAUUGACGUUGGGAUGUCAAGUGGAGUUCUUAAUUCAAGACCAGAGGUUCUAGAAAUAAGAGGCGAUAAAGCAAGAGUUAUCAGAAGUGAGAGGGAUAGCUUCAGUGAACUCAAUGUUGUUGAUUAUAUAUAGAAACAAACAAACAAGAUGUUUCCAUGCCUCAAAUUGUUUAUACAACAGAAGAUUAACAUUGAUGACGAUGAAGAUUUAGCACCAUUUUUGACAAUCUUGAGAGCAGAAACAGAAGAGCAGAGAGGCAAAACCUGCUGUUGUAUCAUAUCGUAUAUAUAUACCGGAAAGUACAAAUUGUGUGCUUGUUUCAAUGAAACUGACCAAUUGGAUUUUAGUGAUUCAAUUUGAUUAGCUGUUAUCUGGUCUUCAUCAUGGAGAUGUAUUAGUUGUUUUCAUUGUUAAUACGUACGUACCUUUACUUUCAGCCUUGCUUGAAGAUCAUGUAACUUGAUUUAUUAUAUACAAAUAUACACUAUAUAAUCAUUGAUUAUAGUUGUAAGUUAUAUUGCAAUGACAGUUUGAUGUCAA